AGGAGGGCGGGGCCUGCCCCUUUAAUCUGGGCCCCACCUGCUCUGGUCAGACAGGUUUUGAGACACAGGUAAAGGGAGGGAGACAGAGAGAAAUACUUGCAGAGCCAGCAGGUAGCUGGGCAGCUCCUUCCCGGACGGACGGAUGGACAGACGCUGGGGACCCUCCACUCCAUAUGGAAAGAUGACAUGACCUUGUGGUAGAUCCCAGAACUGAGGCCCCAGGAUGACAGAACAGGAGACCCUGGCCCUACUGGAAGUGAAGAGGUCUGAUUCCCCAGAGAAGAGCUCACCCCAGGCCUUGGUUCCCAAUGGCCGGCAGCCAGAAGGGGAAGGUGGGGCCGAAUCCCCGGGAGCUGAGUCCCUCAGAGUGGGGUCUUCAGCUGGAUCUCCCACAGCCAUAGAGGGGGCUGAGGAUGGUCUAGACAGCACAGUAAGUGAGGCUGCCACCUUGCCCUGGGGGACCGGCCCUCAGCCCAGUGCUCCGUUCCCGGAUCCCCCUGGCUGGCGGGACAUUGAACCAGAGCCCCCUGAGUCAGAACCACUUACCAAGCUAGAGGAGCUGCCCGAAGACGAUGCCAACCUGCUGCCUGAGAAAGCGGCCCGUGCCUUCGUGCCUAUUGACCUACAGUGCAUUGAGCGGCAGCCCCAAGAAGACCUUAUCGUGCGCUGUGAGGCAGGCGAGGGCGAGUGCCGAACCUUCAUGCCCCCCCGGGUCACCCACCCCGACCCCACUGAGCGCAAGUGGGCUGAGGCAGUGGUGAGGCCGCCUGGCUGUUCCUGUGGGGGCUGCGGGAGCUGUGGAGACCGUGAGUGGCUAAGGGCUGUGGCCUCCAUGGGAGCCGCACUCAUUCUCUUCCCUUGCCUACUAUACGGGGCAUAUGCCUUCCUGCCGUUUGAUGUCCCACGGCUGCCCACCAUGAGUUCCCGCCUGAUCUACACACUGCGCUGCGGGGUCUUUGCCACCUUCCCCAUUGUGCUGGGGAUCCUGGUGUACGGGCUGAGCCUGUUAUGCUUUUCUGCCCUUCGGCCCUUUGGGGAGCCACGGCGGGAGGUGGAGAUCCACCGGCGAUAUGUGGCCCAGUCGGUUCAGCUCUUUAUUCUCUACUUCUUCAACCUGGCCGUGCUUUCCACUUACCUGCCCCAGGAUACCCUCAAACUGCUCCCUCUGCUCACUGGUCUCUUUGCCGUCUCCCGGCUGAUCUACUGGCUGACCUUUGCCGUGGGCCGCUCCUUCCGAGGCUUCGGCUACGGCCUGACGUUUCUGCCGCUGCUGUCGAUGCUGAUGUGGAACCUCUACUACAUGUUCGUGGUGGAGCCGGAGCGCAUGCUCACUGCCACCGAGAGCCGCCUGGACUACCCGGACCACGCCCGCUCGGCCUCCGACUACAGGCCCCGCCCCUGGGGCUGAGGCUCUCCGCCCUCGCCCUCGGAGUAGGGGGUAGCGGCUUGGGUCUGACACAUCUUUGAACCUUGUGGCCAGGCCUGGACUUCGCCCCCAGGCCUAGGACCGCGGUGGGUGGAACCCUGCUACUGCCCCAACAGGGACUCCAAUCAGAGUUCUCCCCUUGCCGGAGCUGCCCUUCACCUUUGGGGCCCGAGACAGUCAUAAGGGAUGGACUUAGUUUUCUUGCAGGGAAAAAGGUGGACAGCCGUGUUUCUUAAGGAUGCUGAGGGCAUGGGGCCAGGACCAGGGGAGAGGCACAGCUCCUUCCUGAGCAGCCUCUCACCACUGCCACAAGGCUCCCUAAUGCUGGUCUCUGCUCCACUCCCCAGCUUCCCGUGAGGCAGGAGGCAGAGCCACAGCCAAGGCGCUGACCACUUCUGUGCCAGUUGUCUAAGCAGAGCGCCUCAGGGACGCUGGAAAUGCCUUAAGGAUAGAGGCUGGGCAUCACAUCAAAUGGGACUGUGGUGUUUGGUGAAAACCUUCCUGGGGAUCUGGAUUCAGGACCCUCCAUGACUGGCCUAUUUACUAUUUACAGCUGGCCAGUCCAGAGCUGCUGCUCUUUUACCUAUUUAGGCCCCUGUAACUUCCCACCUUUAAACUGCCCAGAAGGCAUGUCUCUCCCACGGGAAGAGGGGAACAGACAGGGAAAUCUGCCUACCAAGAGGGCUGUGUGUGUGUUUGUGCCCACGUAUGGUGGCUGGGGAGUGCCUGGAUGGUGCGGUGGUUGAUGUUAACCUAGUGUGUGUGUGUGUGUGUGUGUGUGUGUGUGUGUAACAAUAAAUUACUACCAGUC